UUCAAAGGAAAAAUAAAAUCUAUUCGCCUGAAACUGUACUAAUCAUUGUCAAAGUCACUGUCUUGUCCUUCUUGUUAUUUAAUUAUCACUUUUUUUUGUCAUUUGAGGUGCUUUUCGCUGACUCGUUAAUUCGAUAUAGUGAAUCUGAUUGAACAACAACAAAGAAAAAUAACAUGAGUCCAAACAUUGUUAAUUGCCUGGUGAAUGUGUCGGAAAAGGCAGCCAAUAUAGCUCGUUUAAUGCGACAACAUGACUAUUUAUUCUCGUUAUUAGUGCAGGAAAAAUCAAUUGAUGAAGCUAACAGUGAUCGCUUUGUACAUGACUAUAAAACCUUAGCCGAUGUUCUGAUACAACAAACAGUUCGACAUGAUAUUGGCAUUUCGUUCCCGGAGUUGCUAAACAAUAUCAAAGGUGAAGAGAGUUCCACAUUUACAAAUUCACUAGGAGAAACAGUAAAUGUCGAAGUAUUCGACAAUCAAUCGGACACAUCAGCCUGUUUAUUGAAAGUUCUAAAUGGCGACAGUGUGGCUGCCGAAUUACUAGCCGAAGAAGUCCAUAAAACCGUCGAAACAAAUAUGGAUUCGAUACCGGAACUACCGGAUGGUUUGAACUAUAGCAAUAUGGGCAUAUGGAUUGAUCCUAUUGAUGCAACGGAAGAAUACAUUCGAGGCUCAACAAUAGGCAGUAGUUCAAGUCAGGAAACCAGAAUACCCACGUCCGGAUUGGGUUGUGUCACAGUUCUUAUUGGUGGAUAUGAUAUUGAAUCGGGCAAACCAAUUAUUGGCAUAAUUAAUCAACCAUUCGCUGAGCUAACUGACACUGGAUACAAAGGCAAGAUUAUUUGGGGAGUUAAUAUGGAUGCAGUUAGGGUAACAAAUCUGCCACAAACCAAUCCAAAGUCGACUAAACUUGCCGUUUUAUCGUCAUCCGAAGAUGAAAAAUAUAUAAAAGCCCUAAAGGACUUAGGUUACGGAAUAGUGUUUUCAGCUGGUGCUGGUCACAAAAUACUGAAAGUAAUCACUGGCGAUGCCGAUUUAUAUUUGCUGAGCAAAAAUACCACCUUCAAAUGGGACACAUGCGGGCCACAAGCUAUCCUAAAUGCCAUUGAGGGUGGCUUAUUCAAAAUUGAAGAGAUCAUCGAAUCGGGCCAGAUAAUCGAAGUCGAUUACGAUGAUGAACGUCCCAAUUUGAAUGAAGGCGGUCUGUUGGCAUUGCGACGCGAGGAGAAGCAUAUCUUACAGGACUUGUACAAUAAGAAAUAAGGACAAAGUAAAUGUGUGGAAAAAAGAGAGAAAACUUAGCAAUUUUUCGUUGUUUUUCAUUUUUGUCGCAAUGAAACAGGUAUACAUUUUCAUUCGUUCUUAUGUGUGAUUCAAAACUAUACCAAAGUAUAAAUGCAUUUAAAUUUAAAAAAAUCUAUGAGGUUUUGGCAGAGAAAAUUGAAGAGAUAUAUUAAAAUACAGGUUUAGUGAGUUAUAAGAAAAAUGAUUUAGUAGAAUUUAUUGUAAGAAAAUUUGAAGCAAAACCAAAACAGUAUAUUAUGCGGAUAAACCGAAUAAAGAAAACAAAAUUAAA